GGAAAUUCCCUUUUCUUUCCGAAUUACAGCCCACCCAAAAUUCAAGACAAGAGUUGAGUUCACUGUUCUUAAUCUGUAGUUGUAGGAAUGAACGGCUUGUCCAUUCCUAACACACCUAUCGUGGUGGACUACUGGAACCUCAGAGAUGUCAACCCCAGAUCUCUGUUUUUCCUCUCUCACAUGCAUGCAGAUCAUACGUCUGGUCUGAGUGAGCUCUGGGACCACCCUAUUUACUGCACACCAGUCACUGGGAAACUGCUCAAACACAAGUUCAAUAUCAAGCAAAACCUCAUCGUUGAGCUGACGCUGGGGGAACCCAAGAUCGUCACGGUGAAUUGGCCAGGUGACCGUGUGAGCAUUACCGUGACAGCACUCGAUGCUAACCACUGUCCUGGUUCGGCCAUGUUCCUAUUUGAGGGCUAUUUUGGUACCAUCUUCUAUACUGGAGACUUUAGAUACACUCCCUCCAUGUUGGAACACCCUGCCCUCAAUGGCAGUCGCACCAUUGAUGAUCUUUACCUGGACAACACCUACUGCGACCGCAACUGUCGAUUCCCCUCACGAGAAGAGGCUACAGAGACCAUAAUUAAGCUGAUACAAGAUCAUCCUGACCGCAUCAUUCUGCUCGGUCUGCACACACUGGGAAAAGAGACGAUGCUAGUGGAGGUAGCAAUGAGAUUGAAGACGUGGAUCGGAGUCUCGGCGGAACGAUAUAAAACUCUUGAGCUGCUGGAGAUGCCGGACGUUUUCAAGACAGAAAUGAAGGAAUGUCGCCUGAGGGUGUAUCAGCAAUACUUCAUCACCAAGGCAAUGGCUCCUGCGAUGAAAGAGGGCCCUGAAGAGGACUACCUUGCCAUCCUGCCCACCUGUCUAUACACGGGGAAGGGGGCACCCACUCCUCCAGAGAAGAGCCCUCGGCUAAAGAUUGUGGAGUAUUCUGACCACUCGUGUUUCCAUGAGCUGCGAGAGUUUGUGAGAGAGGUGAAACCGAGGAAAGUGCAUCCCAUAGUUCGCAAGUUCACUGGUGACGGGACAAUUAUUCACACCAGGUGUAAUAUGUCAGUGUUUGAUGCGUUCCUGGACAAGACUGACAGAACCACCAGCAGAGUCCCUCAGGCUGUAAAGGACCUGCUCUCUGGUCAGCGUGUCUCGUUAGAGCUCACUCCUGUUCUUCAUCCCAACAUCAGACGUCCCCUUGUGGGUCUACGCUUGACCAAACAGACUCCGAAGGGGGUCCAGUAUCUCUCACCACAGAAGAAAAUCACACAAGACCCAGAGCACCCCCCACUAACUGACAGAGAAGAACUUGUACGUGAGUUGAGCAAGGAAAACACGGCACAGAGCGAAGAAAUGGUUACGGAAAUGGUCUCUGAUAUGACCACACACGAAGACAGCUCUACGAAUUUAAUGGGGGGUUGUGCUCGGAUGAUACCAUUGUCAGAUAUUCAACUGAAAAAGAGUCAAACUCGUACCUAUGGACCUUUUGUGCAGACAAAGCUACAUUUUGAAGCUCCUACUGUCCCCUUCGUGAUUAAACAAGAGAAAGAGGAUCUCUCUGAGGACGUCGUUAGCGAUGGUGUUCCCCCGGAGAUGAGUAGGAAUUCUUCAAAAUCGGCAAUUUUGAAAGCUUUCACAAUUCCUAUGACGAGUGUGGCCGAACUGCAAUCUGUUAAGGACCGACAGCGUGUCCCUGAACCAUUGCCUGAUUUCCUCUCCGAUUUUCCCUAUGAAGCAAUCAAGAGGGCAGCUCUGAGACACGGGUGCUCCACCCCUUUUAACCACACCCAUCCCCCCACCCUUGUUCAUAGCUGGAGCACCGUCCAUCAGAUUGAUAAGAACACUAAACUUUGUACUUGUCCGAAAGGAAAACUAUGUUUAUUGUCAUUAUGUAGAGUAGACUCGCUCUCAGAUUAUUAGAGUACAUAGUACUAACUCUAUUAAUGACUUUAAAUCUCCCUUCAUUUUAUUACUGUUUUAUAUGCAAUAUUCCAUAUGAGAUUUUGGAAA